GGUUCAACACUGGGAGCAUUUGCUCAGUUUCUUCUCAGUUCUUGAGUGCACCACAUUAGAGAUCUUUCUUUUCCUAAAUCAAAAUGAAGGAGUUAAUCUUACUGGGUCUUUAUCUGCUUGGAUCUGCCAGAGAGGAAUUGGAGAAAGGGUUGGUGGCUGACUUCUGAUGACAUGAAUGAGGGUCCUUUGGUUUCUGAUUCUGCCUCUGUCAGGAGCACCACCAGGUCAGCCUGAUGAGCUUCUUGACUCUGUAGACCACCAAGCUUCAGUUCAGCAACUUUCAAGUGAACAUUUCUCACUCACAAACCCUUCAGAUGCCGAGUCUUUAUAUGAAACUCCUUCACGUGAGAAGAGUCUGAGUGGUCAUAGUUCAAGUGACCAUGAAUCAAGUGAGCAUGCUGUAGCUGAACAUUCUGCAGGUGAGCACUCUUCAGGAGAACAGUCUUCAGAACACAUUUCAAGUGAGCACACGUCAGAAGAACACUUGUCAGAACACACUUCGGGGGAGCACACUUCGGGGGAGCACACUUCGGGGGAGCAUACUUCGGGGGAGCACACUUCGGGAGAGCAUGCUUUCACCGAGCACACUUCAGAGGAGCACACUUCUACUGAGCACACUUCAAGUGAACAACCUGUAACUGAACAGUCCUCGAGUGACCAGUCUUCUGAAGUAUCCUCAGAUGAAGUUUCAGGUGACAAGCUUGAAGAGGCAGGUGAACAGGUGUCUAGCGAGACAAGUGACAAAGAAAAUGAUGCUAUGAGUACAACACUUCCGAGCACAUCUGGAGGCACAACAAUAAAUUGCCACACAUGUAAUUAUAUGAAUGAUGAUGCAAAAUGUCUCCGUGGAGAAGGAAUAUGCAGCACUCAAAAUUCCCAGCAGUGCAUGUUAAAGAAGAUCUUUGAAGGUGGAAAACUCCAGUACAUGGUUCAAGGGUGUGAGAACAUGUGCCCAUCUAUGAACCUCUUCUCUCAUGGAACAAGAAUGCAAAUUAUAUGCUGUCGGAAUGAACCUCUCUGCAACAAGGUCUAGAUGCCUGUGCCCUACCUACUUCUUGCUCGGACUCAGGCAGCUUCACCACUCUACUUGGCUCAAUUUAUAUUCAGCUUCAACAACUAAUCACAUCGGGCUCUGCCUGAUCACCAGAUAAGAAGCUCAACCCUUGUCUUUAAUACCCCAUUGCCUAUGUCCUCUGCCUUACUUUGCUCCCAUCCUUCCCCAGAUGUUCUUUUUUGCAAUAAAUUGCUAUUAAAGAACACAA